CAUUGUAUGUGGUCAAAAAGGAACAUGGUGUCAUUUGGUCUUGAUUAUAGUUGUUUUCAGGUCAUCUUGUAGGCACUCGACUAUUCAACCAAGUACCUCAUUACUCCAAGUCUCUGACUAGCACAGGUGUUGGGUAACUCCCAAUCAAGGCAUAGGUAGAAUAGCAGUGUAGUUAAUCUCUUUUAGGUUGAAUUUUUUUUCACUUGACAACUUUUGCUAUUGGCCUUUAGUCUUGAGUAAAGCUCUAGGGAGUUGGAUAUUGUGAAGAGAUUGGAAGCAUUAAGUUGGAACGAGAAAAUGAUAUUUACAUGAGGACCCAUCUUUUCUACUUUAAUUGUGCCUUUCAUUUAUUUGACUUUGGGUUCUAGUAUGUCAAGGGGAUGAUUUAUGGUGUUUUUUGCUGCCAAUGUAUCUGAGAUGACAGGGUAGAAAGAACAGAAGCGAUGUGGAUUCCGUUAUAUUGUGUUGUCGGAGGAGCACUAGAGAAUUGUGUGGUGCUGGAAUAAGGGAAAGGAGGGCUAAAGAGAGAAAAAAAUGUUGUUUUCCGUUACGGGAGGGAAGAAAGCAUUUCCUACAAUAUUAUGCAUAGUAAAGGAGCUAAAGUUAGCAGCAAAGAGGAGAAUGUGACAGCUCCUGACGACGGAAGCAAUGUGCUUAAAAGCAAAGAAGAGAGAGAUGAUAACAGCAAAGUUACACCAGAUACCACUACAGAAAUGGGGGAUGCAAGCAGCCUUCCACUAGUAAAAGAAAAUUCCUCUUUUGAGGCAAUUCCUCCUGAAAACCAUACUGGUCAACUGAAUGAGCAAAACACCCAGGAUAAGGCCAUAGAGAACAGCAGUUCACAGAGUUUAGAAGAUUACAACCAGUUACUCUACAAAUAUUAUGAACUUGAGGAUCAAAGGCAAAAGAUUUUGCAGCAACUUAACCAGUUUGGCAUUUGGGGUGAUCAAAAUUCUGGUUCUGCUUCUCAAGAACAUCAAGCUUAUGCAUCACAUAAUUUAAAUCAAACAGAUUCUUCUUUCUACUGCCCAUAUGGAUGCCAAAGUUGGGUGUCUCCAUGCACUGCAUCACCUUGUUGUUUGUGUGUAAAUCAGGAUGACAAACCAUGCGAUGCUUCUUUACAAUGUGUUCAAGAAAAGAAAUCAUCUCCUCAAAACCCUAAUUUGGUUGAUACAGCAAUGAAAGCUGCAGAAAAAGCACUCUCCUCUUUAAAGCAAGCUUCUAACACGGCUUCACUGAAUUCAUUUGCAAAGGAAGGAAAACAAAUAGAGAUGAUUAACCCUGUUGCUGCAGAGAAAACUGGCGGCUUGGAGACGGAUCUAGCGGAAGUGCUGAAUGCAUGGUACUCUGCCGGUUUUUACACUGGAAAGUAUCUUUCAGAGCAAUCCAAGAAGAGAGAUGGUUAGCAUCGUACUGAUUCAGUUGGAACUCAAAUGUGUUGUUGUCAAUUCGACAGAGAAAAAAAUCAUGUAUUAAUGUUUGUGCACUAGAAUUCAAAGCUGUGAUGUAAAACUAGACUUUGUACAGCAUUUCUGGUAGGUUGAUUUUUCGAAAUAUUGACAAAACAGUUUUUUUU